GAAUUUUGGACAGGUGCGAGAUACUCUGUUAGCCUCUUCCUGGCACACCCCAUGAGGCUUCCACACGUAACACAAUUACCCCUUGCCCACGUGCACCAAUGGAACAGUAACGACAAUGGUUUUAGCCAAAUCAAUAAGGCACCAAUUGUGCUGUAAUAUGGGCCCGUACACACAACCGCUUAAAGCACGAUUGAGUUGACGUCACAAAACGGAAUUGUUUGAUUGGCUGCAAUUUAGCGUUUAUAUUAUGCACAACGCAUAGAUAAUGUGUGUGCUCUCUCCCGGCAGGCUGGAAGUGUAGAAUGGGGACGCAAUGUUCCGUCGGAAGCGCGUAUGUGUCUCCUUAACCAUCUCAAGAUUCAAUGUGGGAAUAGCCUGGCGAUGGAUUAAUGUUAGCUCGGUGGCAGAAUAACAGGAAAGUACAAUGAUUUUAAGGAAGUAACCAGCCAACAGAACAGCUCUGUGCGAGUUAGAACGAACGACUGUGUCAGCUUUGCGAUUAUCGAUCUAACCGACAAAGCAAUAUGUCGUCCAGGCGUCCAUCUCUUCCCCCCAUGCCGGACUUGAGUCAUCUGAGCGAAGAUGAACGGAAAAUCAUUGAAGAUGUCCUCAAAAGACAGAGAGAAGAGGAGGAGAAAGAACAAGAAGUUAUCAGACAAAUGCAGGAUGACUUUGAGAACUAUCAACAAUCGGUGAAAAAGCUAACAGAAGAAACAAGGAAGAUCCCACUCCAAGAUGAAGGUGCCGUCUGCCAGAUCUGCCAUAAGACCAAGUUUGCAGAUGGUGUUGGGCACAGCUGCCACUACUGCCAUCUCAAGUCAUGUGCCCGGUGUGGGGGUAGGAUGGCACUACGCUCAAACAAGCCUGGCGUAUUUGCCGCAGGUGCCAGUGCAACGGCAGAACCCAAGACAAUGAAAUGGACUGAGCUCAGAUUGCAGCCAGAUAUGCAGAUUAUAUGGGCAUGCAAUUUAUGUCGGAAGAAACAAGAACUGCUUGCAAAGACAGGUGCUUGGUAUCAUGGUGGCAUGGCAAGACCAGUGUCUUUAGACAUGCCAGAACAAACUCCUGCAUGUGAAAACUUAUUAACAAAAAGUCUAGACACUACUAGCCCGCCGAAUGAAAAGAAACAAAAGAUGCUUCAACAAGAUGGUAGUCAAGGAUCUGAGAAGGAAAAUAUAGAAAAAUCGAAUUUUAGUCGAACAGGUAGUUUACAAGGGAGAGAACUCAAGAGACAGUAUUCAAUGUCAGAUGCACUAACAGAGAAGAAAUCAGCUGAUCUGACAAAUACCCCGGCUGGACCCGGGUCUUCUAGUGAUAAUAGAAUAAUCUCAGAACAGGAAAAGUUACGAGAACAUGGACAGAUAGAAAGAGGUAGGGGGAAAGAACGCAGCCCUGCAAGACACAGAUUUCACAGUGAGUCCAGGUUGUCGGAGACUGAUAGAAAAUAUAGGGAUGGCUAUGCAGAUAAUCAUCACGUGGAGCGUGAUCGUCAUGGUGAUAGGGGACAGAGGUCUAGAGAAGUGUCUUCUGAUAGGGCAUUAACUGGGCAACGUGGGAAGGAACAUCGAGAACCAACAGAAAGAAGAGGAGAGAGACAUAGGGAUGGAAGAGAACUGGUGUCUCAAGCUUCACAUGAGAGACGACAUAAUGAGCGCCAGGAUGAUCGAGACUUGGACAGACGGAAAGACAGUGGCAAGGACAGACGGAAAGAUGGACAAACUGAACGUUAUCGACAAUCACCUGUGAAUGGACGUCGAGAGUAUCCCGAAAAGGAUUACCGCGGAACACAUGGUGAUUCACAGGAUAUACGUGAGGGGCGAGGUGUAGAUGCUCGUGAUGGACGCAUAACUGAAAAUGAGGAUGUGCGGGUUGAAAGACGUGGAAGCAGCAGGCAUCAUCGGGAACGUAGCAUGAAGGACCAACGAAGGUCACCCAGUCGAGAACGAGGGGACCGUUAUAAUAAAGAAUUAGAGAUUGAAAAUUUUAAAGAUUCUCAAGUGCCAAGGCAUAGAAUUUUAAUUGAUCAUGCAAGUGAUACACAAUUAACAGCCUCAGAGGAAGGUCGAGAUGGGGACCGAUUCUGUGAUAAGAAACAACAUCUAGAUCCUAGCUCUGCUGCUUCACGGACAACACGGAAUAAUCGUAAAAAGUUAGAAAGUAUGUUACGUAAUGAUUCUCUGAGUUCAGAUCCAUCUGACUGUGUUCGCCCACCACCACCCAAACCUCACAAACACAAGCGAGGUAAGAAGCAGCGGCAACACUCACUGAGCAGCUCUGAUGAUGAGAUACGAUCAACACCAGAGUGUUCCAGCUGUGAGGAGCAAGAAAUUGAAAGUGAAAGUGUCAGCGAAAAAGGCUCCCGACUGCGAUCACAUAAAUGGGAUCUAGAAAGCACCAGCGAUCGGUCCUCUCUUAGGUCCACCCGGCCUUCAAAUAGACAUGCUAAAAUGUUGCAAUUUGAGCAAGGGCUAGGCGGCUCCCUCGAUGAUGAGAGCGGGUCGUCGGACCGUCAAAUAAAAGAUUCGGGCAUAGACACUGGGUUUUCCAGUAGUAAUCAAACUUUGAAUGAAGACCUUCUUAACUUGCUUAAGCAUCCGGUUACCUGGCAACCAUCAGCAGAUGGCUCCAAGUGGAUUGGUCAUAUGAUCCUGAAGAAAACCCCUCUUGAGGGAGGAGGACAGAAGAGCGAUUCCAGUGCUAUACUAGGACUGAAAGUGAUUGGUGGUAAACUGUCAGAAAAAGGAAAAUUGGGUGCUUUCAUUGCAAAGGUGAAGAAAGGAAGCAUUGCUGACACCGUUGGCCAUCUUAGACCAGGUGACGAAGUGGUGGAGUGGAAUGGUCGGUCCCUACAAGGAGCCACUUAUGAAGAGGUGUAUGAGAUUAUCUUAGAGUCCAAACAGGAGCCACAAGUAGAGCUGAUUGUACAUCGUGGUGUAGACACUGGCGAGGCACCACCUGGGAUUCAGUCUGCACACACUGAUCAUGCCAGAGAUUAUGGACUAAAGGAUGCCAUUCCAACAACUGAUAGAAGAGGGCGCAUCAGUGUCACUGUGACAUCACCAGGUUCACCAGGCUUGAGGUCAAGGCCACACACACCUCAGAUAACGGGAAAACUUCAGAUAAAGUUAUGGUAUGACGUUCAGAGCUACCAGCUGAUUGUCACUGUCAUCAGUGCCAUUGAGCUCCCCCUGACUGAUAACGGCAAAUUCCGCAACCCCUACUGCAAGCUGUACCUGCUUCCUGACCGGAGAUAUUUGUUUUACUUGUUUCUAGAUUAUGGACUAAAGGAUGCCAUUCCAACAACUGAUAGAAGAGGGCGCAUCAGUGUCACUGUGACAUCACCAGGUUCACCAGGCUUGAGGUCAAGGCCACACACACCUCAGAUAACGGGAAAACUUCAGAUAAAGUUAUGGUAUGACGUUCAGAGCUACCAGCUGAUUGUCACUGUCAUCAGUGCUAUUGAGCUCCCCCUGACUGAUAACGGCAAAUUCCGCAACCCCUACUGCAAGCUGUACCUGCUUCCUGACCGGAGCGAGAAGAGCAAACGUCGCACCAAAACAAUAGCCAACACGAUUGAACCGACGUGGAACCAGACUUUUAUAUACUGCCCAGUGAAGGAAUCUGAUAUGAGGGAUCGCCUCCUUGAGAUUACCGUAUGGGAUUAUGACCGAAUCGGAGCCAGCGAGUUCCUGGGGGAGGUUCUGAUUGAUCUCACUGCUGCUAACCUUAAUGACGAACCGUACUGGUACCAGCUUGGUCACCAUGACGACGCCAGCAUACCACUCCCAGCAUCAUCACCUAGAACAAAAACAUCCCAAGAUCCAUACGACCUGAAGGCACAUCUGUCCCCACCGGUGAGCACUCGCGGGCUGAGUGACAGCGAUCUGUCAGAGCUGGACUUUGACGAUGGCAUUGGCGUAGUGCAAGGUGGCGGUAUUGGUCGCAGUGAUGGUGCUAGCAUUAGUUCAGUGGGGAGUUCAUGUAACACUCCCCCAGGGUUAGAUGAACUGUCCGAUGGGAAUGAUCAACCACAUGCAUGUCACCAUGGUGACUGCGAGUCUCCGUCCAGUACACGCAGACGAAGCGGAACAGUUGUAGGACGUGAUGAGAUCAGUUCUCGGCGAAGACAUAUGACCUCCAGUGGCAGUCUUGAGGUUCCUGACCAUGGGGCACAAAGGUCUAGGUCGCCAUCAAGGGAGGUAACUCAUGGUGCUAGGUCUAGAUCACGUUCCCCUGCUCCUCAUCGCGUGCCAGAGGUUGUUUCAAGGUCGCUAUCACCACCUGAACUUAGGUCACAAGCUCCACAUGGAGUUCGCGGGGUGCAGGCACGCUCAGCAGGAGGAACUCCACAGAGUACUCCGUCACCAAAGAAGCGGCAGUUGCCAGCAAUACCACUAGAAGCCCAGAUGGCCAGCAGAGACAGAGUAACACAAGACCUAGAAGAGAGAGCUCGCAUGAUGAAGAUGAAGAUAAAGAUGGGUCAGCAUGGUUCUGGAAAUAUACCACUGUCUGACAGUGAAGCCUACUACUCCAGAAGGGAUAUGGACAGGUCCAAAUCAAGAGACAGGAAAGACCGGAGAAUGGAUAUAGAUCGGGAUCGUGGAGAUAGAAUGAGAGACAGAGGUAUGGAUCGAGGAUACGAAAGGGGACGUGACCCUGAAAGAAGCCAUAGAGGGCGCAGAGCAAAAGAAUUCAGCCCGGAGGUGUCGGACGAUGUUGCAAGUGAUGUGUCAGAGACAAGUGACAUGUCUGAGGUGUCCAAGGUUAGCACCAUCAGUGUCAGAUCAACACAGUCAGAACGUCCACACAGGCGACUCAGUGAAUUCACCUCAAAGAUGGAGAGCAGAACCACCAUGCCCCGACGUCAGCAGGCUGCCCGCAGCACUGCUAACGACAGUCAGAACUAUGACCGGAACGAUGGCAGCAUGUCAGACUCAGCUGUGUCGUCAUCUGUGACAGAGGGACGAAAACGUCGGCCUAGUCUCGGCCACAAAGUGGCAUCGCUGGUUGGUCUCUCUCGACGGAGCAGCAGUGCCACACAGCUGGCAGAAAAGAAAAAGAAGAGUUCCUUCCAGCGAAGUGAGGAGGUUGGUCCUGUGGAUCUCCGUGGUGGAAUGUCUAAACAAGCCAGUAAAGACUCCACAGAUGGAAGUAUUGGCAGCAUUAGUAGUGACUCCUCAAGUGUACUUUGGCUACCAACCCAUGCACGUCUUGGUCCUGAGGGCCAGUUUGGAGAUUUUGUAGAUGGUUUGGGGCCAUCACAGCUGGUUGGCAGACAGGUCCUUGGAUCUCCGUGCCUUGGCGAGAUUCAGCUCGGUUUGUAUGACAGGAAAGGUCAUCUCGAGGUUGAGGUCAUCCGCGCCCGUGGAUUAUUAUCAAAACCUGGAGCCAGAGUUCUUCCAGCGCCUUAUGUCAAGGUUUAUCUUAUUGAUGGCAAGACCUGUGUAGAAAAACAGAAGACAACCACAGCCAGAAGAACACUGGAUCCACUCUACCAGCAGCAGCUUGUCUUUACUGAGUCGUACAUCGGCAAAAUAUUACAGGUAACCGUGUGGGGCGAUUAUGGUCGGAUGGACAAGAAAGUGUUCAUGGGAGUGGCUCAGAUCCUUUUGUCAGAUCUCGAUCUUAGCAACAUUGUGAUUGGCUGGUACAAACUGUUUACAACCUCCUCAUUGGUGGGUCAUCAUUCUUCCACCACCGGCCUUGCUCAGUCUUCAUCGCGCGGUUCGACGUCAUCUCUUGAAGCCUUUGGCCGCUCUUAGUAGUAGUGGGACACAGUAGCACUAGCUUUACCUUGAAAACCAGAGUUGUCUCCUCUUGGCUUACAUUUCGAGUUUUGCCAAAGUGUUAUCACGUGGUUUUGAGAUGGAUUUGUGUCAGGAUUGCUGCAACCUGGUACCCCAGAUGGAUAGUGAAUAAAUGUGUUUUAACAUGUGUUACUUCAGUGUAUUUCAUUAAAAAUGAUUUUCCCAUUCUUGUAGAUGGAUUCUGUAACGAUUUCAACAAUCAUUGAUACGAAGUGUAUUUUAUUUCAUUUCCAGCCUCCAAAGUAGAUAUUUCAGUAGGAAAAGUAGAAACAAUACUACUUGAAGCGUAGACUGGUGUUGUCAGUGUUAACUAGGGGGAGACAACUCAACAAUUUCAUGUUAUUCUCCAAUAUCAUGUGUGAAGAGACAGCUUGGCUUGUAUUAAAGUGUGUUAGUACAAGAUAUAGAUUUGGCUGGAUGCUUCGAUACUGCAAGUUACUUCUGAAUGUUUGUUCAUGUGUGAUAUAUAUGUUUAUGAUGGUUUUGACAUUCAUUCAGCUCAAACUAUCAUGUUAUUUCUACUGUUGAUGUUGAUGGUGAGACUACACUGCUUGUAUAAAGCAUUUGACAUAGAUGUGAUAGGGGUUCAGCGAAGGGUCAUAGUCAUGUCACAAAUGUUGUUGUUUACCCUUGGAACCUGUGCCCGGACAUACGCGUUUGUGUUAAGUGGUUAUGCAGGGGCACAGGGCCAUGGGAACUGACUGUGUUACCAUUUCUUCUCAAGUUUCAAAUGCAAUAUACAUGUUCAAUGGAGGGCGUUGACUUUCAAAGGGAGACAAUUCAGGAAGGUAUCAGCAACUUCUGGGUCAUCAUUGCGGUAUUCUUCCUUGAUACCCUUUCAGUUGGAGGAUUCUCAGAGGUUAAUAAUAUGCUCAGGAAUACACCUUCACGCGGAACAUAUACAUAUAUUCCAUCCCAUUACCUCCGAAAAGCAAAGGAUGAUGGGAUAUGUGGAACCUGAGAUGAAUUUUGAGAAGGAUCAAUGUAGCGUGAUGAUAGCUAGGUUCACCGUUUGCUAAUGAUUGGAUUUUUAGGUACUCUUCCUACACCAAUUUGUGCUUAAGAUUGUUUUAUGCAUGUUGUCAUGGAGAUACACACCAAGGGUGUUUUAUGCAUGUUGUCAUGGAGACAUGUUGUCAUGGAGACACACACACUAAGGGUGUGUAAGGGAGUCUGGACCAUGGAGAGCAAGCACGAUAGACAACAAGGAACAUGUGAUUGUAGGGACAUAUGGUAUCAUGGUGAUAGCAUCAUUCAAGGGUAUUAGAAUGGUGUAUUUUAAUUCAGAAGCUGCAUUUUGGACCGAAUUAUUUGUGUGUUGCUCUGUGUUGACAGUCCAGGUUAUUCAUACUGUUGGAAUGAAAUGAUCACCUUCCAUUUUAUUGAUGGUUUAAUGAUGUCUGCCUCAAUAUUUGGA